AUGCUCGGGCACCAGUCGACCAAGUACCAGACCUUUGCGGACGUCGAGAAGGCGGCGGCGACGCACCCGCUGGAGGCGGCCAGCUGGGCCGCCACGCUGCUCUUCUCGUGGGCAGCCCCGCUGGUGCCGCUCGCCAACACGCGCCCGCUCGAAGCGUCGGACUUGUGGCCACUUCAAGCUUCGAACAAGGUGCACGCUGCGGCUGCCGACUUUGACGCCGAGUACCACACGCAUGGCCAAAGCAUUGUGAAGGCGUUCUUUGCAGUCUUCGGAAAGCGCUUUGCCUUGAUUGGCGUCUUGAAGCUGCUCGCGACGGUCGCCGAUCUCGCGCCGCCCGUGCUUCUCUACCUCAUUCUGCAGACGCUUGCAACGCCGUACAAGACGCAGACGCUGCUGCUCUAUGGCGGCAGCCUCGUGCUCACGUACAUCGUCAAGGCCCUAGCGCGGGCGCACUUGGUGUUUCAGAACGCGGUCGUCGGCAUCCACUUGACGUCGGCGCUCCGGCACAUGCUCUUUGAGAAGGCGCUGGGCAUGCACACGAGCUACGCCGUCUGGGCACAGGAGCUGAGCCCGACGACGUUCUCGACCGAAGUCAUGCAAGUCGCGGACGUGGCCUUGCUCGUGCACCGGUUGUGGUUGCUGCCACUCCACAUUGCCGUGGGCGUGGGUCUUCUCUACUACUCGGUAGGCUCGGCGCUGUAUGCUGGCAUCGCCGUUGCGUGCGCGCUGCUUGUACUCUACGGCCUUGUGACGGUGUGUUAUGGCGCGACGGCCCACAGCGCCGCGCACUCGCAGCACGUCAACGCCCGCAUGAAAGAGCUCCACAAGGUCUUCUCCAACAUGGAAAUGGUCAAGUGGAAUGGCUGGGAAAAUGCGUGUGAGCGAGCCGUGCUGCAGCUCCGCGACGCCGAAGAAGCCGCGCUUUCGCGGCACCUCCGAUAUCUCUGGCUCUCGAGCACCCUCUUGACCUGUGCCCCGGCCCUCAUAGUCCUCGCGAUCUUUGUCGCCCACUCGAUCCUGUCACCGGGCCACUGGCCCGCGACAUUGGUCUUUCCGACUUUGGCGCUGGUGUACCUCCUGCAGGCGCCAUGUGCACUCCUUCUGGAGACUGUGCAGUCCACCGUCCUCGCCGUGCGCGCGCUCCAGAGCAUGCAGUCGGUGCUGCUCGUCGAGCAGGUCGAUGACACCAACGUCGUCACCGUGGCCGAUCGCAACGCGGCCAAGUACGCGCGCGAUCACACGGUCAUUGCAAUCCAUGACGGGACGUUCCAUUGGCAUCGCGACGCGCCAAGUGUCUUGAGCAAGGUCCGGCUGCGCGUCACGCGUGGGGACUUUGUCGUCGUCCACGGUGCGCGUGGCACGUCGUCGCUCUGCGCUGCGAUUCUUGGCGAGAUGCACAAGGCAUCGGGCACGGUGUUUCUCGGUGGCUCGAUCGCGUACGUGGCCCAAACACCGUGGGUCCAGCGCCUUCUCAGCAUUCGCGAAAACAUUCUCUUUGGCAAGGCGUACGACCGGGCCAAGUACCAGCGCGUCAUCGACGCGUGCGCGCUCAAUAUGGACUUCCUAACCUUCCCGCUCGGCGACCGCACCGAGCCCGUGCUGCAAGGGCCGAGCGCCAAGACGGUCGUGCUCACGCCAGCCCAAGAGGCGCGCAUCAGCCUCGCCCGCGCGUGCUACAGCGACGCAGAUAUCUACCUCGUCGACCAUGUUCUCGCGGCCAUGGACGCCAACGUGGCAGGCCACAUCUUUCGGCACUGCUUUCUCGGUGUCCUGUUGCACAAGACGCUCCUUCUCGUCUCGAACGACUCCGAGAUCGUAGGCUCCAAAUACAUUGACGCGACCAUCUGCGUCGCCGACGAUGGCAGCGUCACGACCGCGCUCAACACUGCGCGUGAAAAGCUACCCAAGUCACCGAUCCGGCGCAAGAAGGGCCCGAAAGACCACGCGAAUUUGGACGUUGUGUCGUCGCCGCCGCUUCCGACGCCGCUGCGGCGCGUGCCGUCGGGUCCCAUGGCAUCGCCACCGCUGCUCGUGCCACAAGUCGAGCUGACGCCGAUGGCCGCCACGUCCGCGGCCUACGUGUUUACGCCAAAGGAGAAACGCGUCGCGUUCAUUGAUGAAGCGACGCAGGUGCAACGUAGCCUUGUGCUUUUCAUUGACGACGACGGACUGCGGAGCCCCCACCGGCGCGUGCCAUCGUCUGUCGUCGGCGCGUACUUGAAUUGGCGUCACGGAUGCGGUGUGGCACUUGUCGUAUGCAUACUGCUUGCGCAGCUCUUCCGCGUCGCCAGUGACCUCUGGCUCACCCAAGUGGCCUUCCCUUUGGACGGCACGGACACGUGGCUGUCGCAGCAGCUGUAUACGUUGGGCAUCGGCGGGCGCGAGCUACCCGUGGUUGUCUACUGUGGGCUUUUGCUGACGAGUGUGUGCUGCAUAAGCGCACAAGCCUACCUCGUCCUCGUGCUGGCGCGCAAUGCUGCCACACGCCUCUUUCGGCAUCUUCUGCAUCGCGCCUUGCGGGCGCCACUGGCGUUCUUUGACAGCUACCCGCUUCGCCGCCUUUUAAAUCGGUUCCGGGACGACAUGUACAUUUGUGAUGUCCACAUGCUGUAUGCGCUGGCCCCGAUCCUCGUGUUCGCAUCGACGCUGUGCGCGACGCUGUUGGCAGCGAUCGCGUUGCUCCAAGUGCUCGGCAUUCUCCUCCUGCCAUGGACCAUUGCGCUCUGGCAAAUUGCACGCGACGCCAUCUUACCGGUGCGCGAGCUCCAGCGACUUUUACAGCAAACACAAGCGCCCUUGAGCACGCUCGUCGCCGCCUGCGUCGAAGGCAGCGUCACGAUCCGCGCGUACGGCAACAAGCAACUCCUGCGCUUCUACCACCUCCACCACGAGAAGAUCGAGGCGUUUGCCCAAGCCCGCUUUGCGACGAUUGUGAUUCAUGCGCGGACGUCGUUGCAAUUGCAGCUCGUCGCGGCCGGGCUGCAAGCGACACUGCUGCUUGGCGCCGUGAGCGUCCGCGGCGAGUACGCGCCGUCCGUCAUCGGCCUCCUCAUCACGUACAGCCUCGCGCUGCCCGUGCACUUGGACUGCAUCGUGCAUAUGCUUGCUGCCGUCGAGACGUGGAUGGGCGCGCCCGAGCGGCUCCUUCUCGCGGCGCAGGUCGAGCAAGAGCAGGUGGCACGUGAGGCGAGGACGACCUUUUGGUUCCCCAACGGCCGCAUCACGUUCGACCACGUCGCCCUCUCGUACAAGCCCAACGACCCCGCCGUUCUCAACCACGUCUCGCUCGUAAUUGCUGGCGGCGAAACGAUCGCGUUUCUUGGGCGUCCCGGCGCUGGCAAGUCGUGCAUGGCGUUCGCCCUCUUCCGCCUGUAUGCGCUCGUCGACGGCCGCGUCUCCAUCGACGACGUCGACGUGGGCGAUGUGGACAUCACGUCGCUGCGGCAGUCGAUGGCGAUCGUGCCCCAAUAUCCGACGUGGCUGCAUGCAACAGUGCGCGGGUUCCUCGACCCCGACAGCGUGUACCUGGACCACACAAUGAUCUGGACCGCCCUGGACCGCGUCGCGUUGGCAGGCGCAGUUCAAAGCAUUGGCCUCAAUACGCCGAUCGAUGGCGACCAUGUCUUCUCGCUCGGCGAAAGGCAACUGCUCUGCCUCGCACGCGCCAUCUUGCGCCAGGCCAAGAUCCUCGUUGUCGACGAGGCGUCGCCAGAGAUCGAGGCCACGCUCCAGAGAAUGCUCGCCGAGAGCUUUGCUAGCGCCACAGUUCUCGUCAUGACGCAGCACAUGGAGGCGGCGCGGCGCUACGACCGCGUCGUGCUCAUGGACAGCGGGGACGUCGUCGGUGUCGGUCCGCCGACCGACGUGCUUCCUGUCCCACAACCGGCGACGUGA